UUUUCACCAUACAAAAAUAAUGCCAACGAUGCAGGGUAUUUUAGUAAUUUUCAUCUUUUCAAUUACAUUGAUGAAUAAUACUUGUGCCUGUCCUAGCGACAAGUACUUUCCCUUCGAUGGUGUAUGCUAUGGAUUUCAUUUUGGACGGAAAAACAUUAAUGAUGCCAAAAAAACUUGUCAGGACGAAGGCACUGAGAUAGCUCCAGUUCGAGAUAAAAUACCAGAAAAACUGGAACAUAUGCUCUCAGAGAUUUUGCAUAAACAAAUUGAAAAACAAAGUUUUUGGAUUGGUUUCGAAAUGAAAGAUAGAGAAGAUUAUCAAAAGAGUAUCGAGGAACGAGAAUGGACUUUUGAGAUUGACCGGACCACGGUUGUUCAAAAAAAUUUCGAAGUUUGGGCAGAGGAACCUACUGAUCCUGAUUUGAAGUGUGCUGUUGUCAACGAAUCUAAGAAGUUUGAGGUUCAAGCUGUGGACUGUGGAGGACCGGGACUAUUCUAUAUUUGCGAAAAAAAAUCUAAGGAUUCCUGCGCAGACAAAAACCUCCCAUACUAUAUUUAUGGAGAUCAAUGCCUUGUUGCUCAAAUGAGCACGUACGUAGAGCACGCUUACAUAAAGAAUGGCUGUGACUCAGGAACUCCAGCAUCGGUCAAGAACGAGGCGUCGAAAAAGAAUAUGAAGGAAGCAGCCAUGAAUGCCUUUAUAGGUGGAAUACUCAUAACAGGCUUGAAGAGAUACCCGGAUGGAGUAUUUCGCAACAGUGAUGGUACUGAACCGAACAAAAACCUGUGGGCAGAAGGAGAACCGGGGGAUAAGAGCGAUUGUGUCGGAGUUUCAUGGCAUUAUGGAAAUAAACUCAAACUCAAGGCAAUUGAUUGUGAUGUUCAAUCAGCUUUCAUGUGUGCGAUAACAGGUAAUGUAUCUCAGAUUUAAAUCAGGUAAUGUAGUGUUGGCUGUUUUUUUUAGAUCUCUAAAUUUUUUUUCUUUGGAUAUUUGUUGCUUUAUUUUAAUAUUUUACUUAAUUGCUUUAGUAAUGCAUGAUUUCUUGACACUUGUAAAUUAUUGACUAAAUGGUGAAAAUUUCAGCUUGGCAAGGAAACCUUGGAGUGAAUGAAAGAUUUAAAUGAUAAUUAGAGAGGACAUGAGAGUGAGCGAGUGUUUGAAUGUUUCGUGAGAAUAUUUUUCUGUUGCUGAUUAAUAAUUUUCCCAACUACUGCGAGUUGUUUUAAUUUAUUAUUCAAUAGAAAAAAAUAUUAAUUGCUUGAAUUGUUGAGAGUGAGUGACUGAUUGAAUGUUUCAUGAGGAUAUUUUUCUGGUGUUGAUUAAUAAUUUUCUCAAUUACUUUCAGUUAUUUCAAUUUAGUAUUCAAUUGAGGAAAAAUAUUCAGUGUUUGAAAUAUCCUGUAAAUUCAAUAAAAAGCUAUCGUUCUGUAAGUUUAUGUUCAACGUAUAGACAGUUAUGUUAUUUGUAAUAAUACAUUUGUGAUAUUUGCAUAGAAAUCUUGUUCCAUAUUUAAUAUUUAUAAAUAUUUAUAUUAUUGAUUUAAAUUCAGCAGUUGUAACAAUACUUAUUGUCACAUGAAGCUGUGUGUUUCAAAAUGCAAAAUUUUGCAUUAUUUGUAAUCAUUAUAUGAUCAAAAAUAAAAGAAAUAAAGCUU